ACGCCCCGCCGUUGCAAUGAGGUGGUGUGGCUUCUAAACGAAAUUCAGCUGAUGAAAAGGGGGCGAGUCACCAGCCCCAAAGCAGAGGGUCCUUCAUCCCAGUGGGGCACCGCUCAGAGCAGGAAAUUUGCAAAACCCCUUCUCAGGCGGGCGAUGCCCCGUUUCAGACGCAAAAGCCCCAGCCCGGUCUGAUGUGCGGGCCACGCCGGACCAGUGUAUUUAAGGUUAAUCGCCGCGUUACACGGGGAGGAGAAUUAAACUUAGUUUAAUUAACAUUAAUACACCGCCCUAAUUAAUGGGCUGGCUAUUAAUUUCGACAUGCCGGGGAGGCUCGCAGAGAAGUGACAAUUUAUUAAUGAUCUGCAAUGGAGCGGAGCGCAGAUGGGUUGCCAGAAUAACUCGAGCAUGCUUGUGGGGUGUGUGUGUGUGUGUGCGUGCGUUUUUUAAACAACCCUCCUCCUUUUUUUUUUUUUAAAGUCCUGCCGCUCCCUCCCAGUGGCUUUUCUAACCCGAGCACUCGCUACUGCGCUUCUUUCCACCCGACUUGUGAAUCGCACUUGCCUUCUAAUUUGCCACAUGCAAAACGAUUCCUCUGCUUUGCAAGUUGCUUUUGCUUCCCCCCCCCCCCUUCGCCUUAAAGGCUGGCGGAUAAAUUCUGUGCCUUAAACUGGCAGGAGGGAAGGAGGCGGCCCGCUGCACCCCAGCCCGGCGCUGGGGCUCGGGGAGGCUGCACCGUGGCCUCCCCAUGUCAUUCUGCUUGAAGUGACUUCGUGUGAUGUCAGCUUUCAAUGUCAGAGCCAGCGAGCUGACGCUCGGGAAGAUGUUGGCUAUCAAAAUGUGACCGUGUGGCCACUCUGCGCUGCUGGGACGCGUCUCGUCGGUGCUGGGCAAAGAGCUGAGACCGGGAGCGCCCAGCCGGGCUCGCUGCUCGCCUCCUGCCCGCCAUGGCGAGCUCGGCGGCCGUGGAGACGGUCAUGCCCUCCGCCUGCCCGCGCCACGAAGGCAGGAGCGGCGCCUCCAACCCCUCCAAGACGCUGGCCUUCUCCAUCGAAAGGAUCAUGGCCAAGGGCGCCGAGCCCAAGCCGGCCUUCGAGCCCAGGCCGGGCGGGCUGGAGCCCGAGCCGGGCAAGAAGAGCCUCAGCCUCUGCCCGCCGCUCCCGUGCGUGCUCCCCGUCCAGCCGCUGGCCUACGAGGUGCACUCCAAGGCGCUGCUCAGCUACUCCGAGCUCUGGAAGGGCAGCGCCCUGCGGGGCCCGGCCGGGCUGUGCAAAGCCAGCUGCGGGGCGUGCUGCAAGGCGGAGCUCGGCCUCGGGCACUCGCUGCUGCCGGCCGGCCGAGUCAUCAAGCCCCAGGCCAUCAGCCAGGCGGCGGGGAUGCCCGCCCAUGGCUCCGUGUACUACUUCAACUACCUGGACUCCGCGUACCACCCCUCCGAGCUGCUCCCCGGCCAGCUCUUCCCCUCCAGCCUGCUGGGCGCCCAGCCCGCGGCCGGCCUCUCGGCGCACCACAAACUCUUCCUGCUGGAGAACGCCAAGCUGGCCGGGCUGGCGCCGGAGAAGUUCCCCAGCGCCCAGUACCCCCACAAGGAGCGGCUCCCCGGCCAGCUGGACCAGGUGAUGAAGGAGAACACGGCCCUGGCCGGGGAGAGGAACGGGGUGAAAAGCCACAGCAAAGUCAGCAGCUCCGCAGACGGCAAGCCCAAGAAUUUCACCUGCGAAGUGUGUGGCAAGGUCUUCAAUGCCCACUACAAUUUAACUCGCCACAUGCCGGUCCACACGGGGGCCCGGCCGUUCGUCUGCAAAGUUUGUGGCAAGGGCUUCCGGCAGGCCAGCACCCUGUGCAGACACAAAAUUAUCCACACGCAGGAAAAACCUCACAAAUGUAACCAAUGCGGCAAAGCUUUCAACAGGAGCUCCACGCUAAACACGCACAUUAGGAUCCACGCCGGCUACAAACCUUUCGUGUGUGAAUUUUGUGGAAAGGGGUUUCACCAAAAAGGAAACUACAAGAAUCACAAACUGACCCACAGCGGGGAGAAGCAGUACAAAUGCACCAUCUGCAACAAAGCCUUCCACCAGGUCUACAACUUGACUUUCCACAUGCACACCCACAACGACAAGAAACCCUUCACGUGCGGCACCUGCGGCAAAGGCUUUUGCAGAAACUUUGAUUUAAAGAAGCACGUCCGCAAGCUCCACGACAGCGCGACCCCGACGAAAGAGCUGCCCAGGAGUUUGCAAAGCUAAAAGCUCCUUUCGCCCCGCAGAGAUUUCAGCCUGGUUCCCAGAGCCCCGCGCUCUCUCUCCCGACCCGCCGCUUGCUUUAAAAACCAGCCUGGCAGGCGCCUAGCCCCCUGGAUUCCGAGUCGCAUUUGUAUAUAAGAGGAAACUUAUUUAAAACUCCUUUGCCACUCGGCUCCUGGGAUUUGGUUGUCUUGAGUGGAAGGGGGAAGAGGGGUUUGUUUUCACCUAACUUCUCCCAAGGGCCCACCUGUACAAUAUGUGCCGGCAGAGCGGUCUUUAUAUAUGUCUGUAAAAUUAAAUUCUAAUGUACAAUCGAAUAAGGAAUAUACAUAUAUAUAUAUAUGGGAUAAUAAAAAGUCAAUUCGGAGUCUUUUUUCGCCUUU